AUGGAUCUAAUUUUGACUCUCUUUACGCUUUUGGUGGAUUUGGUUCUGGUUAUGGGGUCACAGCGUUUCUCUGGGUUGCAUCCGAACGCUGUUCUUCGUGAGAAGAGCGCAGGGUCAAGGCAUCAGUCCACCCGGCUACCGCUCUACAUGAUGCAGCUGUACCACACUAUGCUCACCGAGGACCGCGUCAGAAACCUCGAGAUCAGUUUGGGCCGAUCCCGGCUUGAGGACAACCCGGGUCUACAUGACUCGGACUCCGUCACCAGCCUUGUAGCAAAGACUUGUCAGCAGAUUGGAAAUCACUGGUCUGUCACCUUCGAUGUGUCCUCUAUGUCUACAAGUGACAAUAUCCAGCUGGCUGAGCUCCGCAUGCGUCUCCCUGCCUUCAGCCAGUCCUCCCAGGCCUCAGUGGACAUCCAUCACCACUGCAUGGGGCCAGACUGCCCCAAGGAGCCAUUGUUUCUGGGAAGAGUCCAGGCCAAACCUAACUCCAUGUUGUCCCCUUCCUCCUGGAAGGUGUUUAACAUGACUGAGCUGCUUUUAAACUGGCUUCAGGAUGGAUACUCUUCAGACAGACCUCAGGAGAAACACACUAGAGAUGAGGAGGUGGUUCAGCACUCCACUUCUGACAGGGUCAUGAUGGUGGUCUUCACCAGGCAGAACCCCACCAGCCAGAGAGCUCCCACUCUCAUCCGCACAGCUGAGCACUCUAAAUAUGUACAGUUGGACAGUGUCUCCAGGAGGAGUGGCCGGAGCAAGAGGCACCAGCAGAACUACCAUCAACGCCAUGCCCACCACCAGAGAAGAGGAGACAAUAAGAGCUCUCUGUGCAGGAAGGUGGACAUGUGGGUGGACUUUGAGAAGCUUGGAUGGAGUGAGUGGAUUGUCUAUCCCAAACGCUACAAUGCUUUCCGCUGUGAAGGUAGCUGCCCCACACCUGUGGAUGAGACUUUCACUCCCACCAACCAUGCCUACAUGCAGAGCCUGCUGAAACUUCACCAUCCUGACAAGGUGCCCUGUGUGUCGUGUGUCCCCACUCGCCUAGCUCCUCUCUCUAUGCUCUACUUUGAGAAUGGGAAGAUGGUGAUGAGACAUCACGAGAACAUGAUCGUGGAGGAGUGUGGCUGCCACUGA